AUGCGGAGCGUCACGUCAGCGGUGACCGGCCUCGAGUGCAACGGCAUCGGGUUUGCGGGCGAGUACGUCCUAUUCUGGGCGCUCGGGCCCAUCAUGCUCGCGGCGCUGGCGCUGGCGUUCGCCGCCGUGCGCCUCUCGUUCAAGUCGCACGCUGCGCGCAGCCCGGUGGGCGGGACGGCCGUCGGCCUGCUCGCCGCCGCCCGCACGGCCGCCCAGCUCCGCGCCGCCGCGACCAAGUACGCGCUAGUCACGUUCUACCUUUUCGUGUACCCGCUCGUCGCGCGCUCGCUGACCCUCUUCGCGUGCGUGCCCGAGCAAGUCUCCCACCCGCAGGCGAGCUACCUGGCGAGCGCGCCGUGGCUCCGCUGUGGCUCGUCCGAGCAGGUCUCGCUUGCGCUUAGCUCUGGUGCGGUGCUGCUACUCGUCGCGGCGGCGGUGACCGUCAUCGCGCUGCAGAUGCGGUCGGCAGUGGUGGACGGCCGCGACACGACGGCGUACGCGUUCCUGUACGCCGGGUUUGUGCACCGUGCGUGGUGGUUUGAGGGCGUGGUGCUCGCCCGGCGUGUGGGCGUCGCUGUGUUUGCCUCACUGCUGCCGCCCGGUACAGUCUUUGCCAGUCCAGCGCUCCAGGCUGUUGUGGUUGCCUUCCUCCUGGUGCUCCUGUUCGUCCGGCCCAACCGGACCAAUCUCGCGCUCCAGCUGGAAGCGGCAGCAACUGUGACGGCGCUGAUCUCGGUCGUGCUCGUCCAGAACAUGCUGUACACCGCCACCAAGUCGUCCCUCGCCGCGAUGACGCUCCUCGUCAUCGUCCUCAACGGCGCUGUCAUCGCCGCCCUUACGGCUGGCCUCCUCGCUCCGCUUUUUGUCCUCCUCCGCGGCCGCUGA